UAUUAUAGCCGCGUCUCGUCCUGCUUCCUGUUGUGGAUUUGAGGCUCCGAGUUUCGGCUUCCUGGAAAAAUACCCUUAUGAUCCAAAUAACGCGUUUGUGUACUCUCGUAGCAGACGUUACACGCAGUCCAUCUUUAGGUAAGAACUGCGUAAAGUCCAUUGCAACACCGUAAACUCGCUUCCUCCCGUCGACACACGAAACCAAGGCAAGACGAGUGCCCUACAUAAUGCAAUGGGGACCGGGUACCGUGAUCACUUCUGUUGUGACAGUCACGAUUUCGAUUGCCAUAACACUCUUCAUUUUGAACGAGGAAGAUUUGGAGACCAGAGCGUUGCUGGAUAUUUGGGGCGAGCAGGAUGUGCAGACGGCGCUGGACGGAAACUUUCGGAACAGUCAUGUCUACCGCGACGUAGCUUGCAGAUUGGGAGAAAUGGGCUUCGAAAGGACACCAGAGCAGUGCAGGAUACGCGUGAAGAGUUUGAAAAGGCAAUACUACCAGGCGAAAGAAGGCACGAAGAAAAACGGACAGUACCACAAAAUUUGCAAGUUUUACGACGAGAUGGAGAGGAUCCUGAGCAACAGACCUCACAUUGAUCCUCAGGACAUGAUGGAUAGUACUGCCAUUGGGGACGAAACCAUGGACGGCACCGAAGAGGAAGGUGAUGUAGGUAUCGACCAUCCGCAGGAGGCUUACGUGGAGAGCACAGGCGAAUGCUCCUACGCCGAACACCCUGUCAAGUUAGAGUACCCACCCCUCCCUAUUCCAGUAACAGUGGGAAACAGUACGACACCCAGGCAGAACAACAUCCAGAGCGGCCUGUCGGGCACCAGGCCCAAGCGCUCCAAGAAGCGCUACACCAACCUGUCCCUGGACAAGCUGAUGGAGAAGUUCCUGGAGCAGAGCAUGGAGGCGGAGGAGAACUUCUACAAGUACGAGGAGCAGCGGCUGCGGGUGGAGGACAGGAGACGCGAGGCGGAGCACUCCCGUGAGCUCCAGAUGCUCCAGGUGUUGGGCCAGAUGUUCGCCAGGAUCAGCAGCCCCGCCGCCACGCCCGCGCCCCCCCACUCGCACCCCUCCCAGAUGGCCCCCCCCACCGCCGCCACGCACCCCCCGCACGUUCACCACCACCACCGCCCAGCCGAGCACCCCAACCGCGGCAUGGCGUCCGCCCCGGCCCAUCCGCUAGUUAUCGAGCGCUCAUUCUCCCUGGGCAACGCGAUGCAGAGGAGCGCGGAGAACCUCCUCCCGCUGGUGAGGAACAUCGUCCCUCCUCUGACCCAGAAAAAGCACAAGGGGCAGGACGGCCGGGUCGGGAUCAUCGGCGGUUGUCGAGAGUACACAGGAGCACCUUAUUUUGCGGCAAUCUCAGCUCUAAAAGUGGGGGCAGAUUUGUCUCAUGUGUUUUGUACCAAAGACGCUGCCACCGUGAUCAAGUCCUACAGUCCCGAGCUGAUCGUGCACCCAGUGCUAGAUGGCUCCAAUGCAGUGGACGAGGUAGAGAAAUGGCUGCCAAGACUGCACAGCAUUGUGGUUGGACCAGGUUUAGGGCGAGACGAUAAGCUUCUUAAAAACGCCAAGGAGAUAAUCGAGAAAUCCAAAGCCAGAGAUAUUCCCAUAAUUAUCGAUGCGGACGGUCUUUGGCUUGUUGCCCAGCAACCGUCUGUCAUCCAGGGUUACCAGAAGGGCAUCCUCACGCCCAAUUUCAUGGAGUUCAGUCGCCUGUACGAAGCAGUGCAUCACGAACCCCUGGACAGCAGAGACAAUCAGAGAAGUGUCAUGCAGCUGAGUGCAGCCAUGGGGAACCUGACCGUGGUGUUGAAGGGGGAAGAGGAUAUCAUCACCGACGGCAACCGAGUGAUUGUGUGCAGUCAGGAAGGCAGCGGCCGCAGGUGUGGGGGGCAAGGUGAUCUCCUGUCGGGGUCUUUGGGAGUGCUGGCACACUGGGCCUUCUCUGUCCCUGCAGAGACUAUGAAAAGCACAACCCCUCCGCUGGUGGCUGCGUACGGGGCAUGCGCCCUGACCAGGCAGUGUAACCGGCAGGCCUUCCACAAGCAUGGCCGGGCCACCACCACCUCCGACAUGAUCCAGGAGAUCGGCAGCGCCUUCAAGACCCUGUUCGAGAGCUGAGCCGGGGAAGGCGGGGGGGGGGGGUCGUUCCAGUCCCCUCCCUCCCGCCCGCCACCGCAGACCCAUAAGCUCUCCGACGUCACUCCUUAUAGCCGAAGAGCGGAGAUAGCCGCACUUGAAGUCAUUACACACUUUCGAAGACCCUUUAGCAGUAGAAUUCCUGAACCUCGCGAACGAAACUGGGUAAGGAAAAAUACGUCUAUGUAGCUGGAGAACUGCAAAGGUUUCUGAACCGAAGCCAACCUUUGAAUUAAAUAAUUAACACAUUAAGCAUCCGAAGAUUAAUUAAGGGCUUCCUUGCAUUUUUUUUUGGUGCAUAUUACUUCACAUUAACCCCAAAGGAAGCACUGUCUACUGUAACACCUAACCUGUUGGAAAACAUCUUUAUUAUUCGUUGUACACUGGAGUGACUGUUUGUGUUUCAAGUGCCUAAUUUCUUCGUGACCAGCAUUACUCAACAUUGGAAGUGCACUCAGGUGCAUUCCCUCAGCUCCUGAUUUGAUUGGAUAGUGGGGACUGUCGUCAAAUUACCUCGGUGUUCAGCAUCUUUCAGCCCUCUUCACGCUCAGCACCACUUGGAGAGCAUCACUAAAGUGAAGACAGUGGAAGUUCCCACAGCCCCUGAAGCUCAUGGCCAGAUCUCGUCUUCCAUACCAGACACAAGCAAGCAAGUGCUGGCUGACUGGAAGGCAUACAGCACAAAGCCUGUGGCAUUAUGGGUAAUAUAUUUUUGUCCAUACAAUCUAGCCAUGACAAUCACUGUUAAACCUUUGCAGUUGUCCAAUACAGUGAGAACAUGUAAAUGAUGUAAUGUAGCACUGUGUGACACAAUUUGUUCCUUUUUCGUUAACCCUUAAUCUGUCGGUAUUAAAAGAGUUUCGAAAA